AUGGCCUCCAGCAAGUCAAAUUCUGUUUUGAAACCUGACCAUGAUAGCAGAAGAACUACAGCUCCAACCAUAAUUAUUCCCCCAACCGACUACCAAGACAAAGAGGCAUCGAAUGAUUCCAAAUUCAAGGCGAUUUUCGAUGAGCAUAUGAGUGCAAAGAAUGCCUCGGUUGCAUACCGCGAAGUACAUGUUCUUCUGUUGUCAUGGGACCGUAAAGUCGAUGAUCUACAUGUAGAGAAAGAGGUUGCGGAUCUCGAGAAUGUAUUUCGGGAUAUUUUCAAAUAUAAAACAACACAAAAGAUCUUGCAGCAGAAUCCGAAGAAGCAUCCACAAGUUCAAAUAAACCUAUAUCUUGCCCAGUUCGUUGCGGAUCAUGAUGAUCCAAAUACUCUUCUUAUUGUCUACUAUGCCGGGCAUGGCAAACAGAGCGACGAUGGGGAUGGAUUAGCUUUAACUCCAUCAACAACUCAGCCAGAUGAGGAAAAUGAGUUACACGAGAUUGUCUGGAGCUCCGCAGAACACAACAUACAGAACACCAAAAGUGACGUUCUAGUCAUAUUUGACUGUUGCAAUGCUGGCGAAAUGGAUCGCAAUGUUCGUGGCUCUGACUUCACCAGAAGAGCAUUUGAAUACAUGGCUGCAACUUCUCAGAAUUCAACUACGAGAAAGCCAGGCCCUAAAUCAUUUACCGUUGCCCUCAUCUGGGCCUUGAAAGAAUUAGUCCGGUCCAAGACCGGGAAGCGUUUCAGUACGCAAGAAUUGGUUCGAAAGAUUUACCAAGCGCCCAAUUUUCCAGAGACUCAGGCGCCAAGAUUAACAGAACGAGGCCCGAUAGGAUCUUUGAGAAAAAUUGUCCUAGUUCCUCUGGAUCAACAAUCAAAAUCUGGAGUCCGAGGAGAGAAUAGCGCUGGACAGACAGAUGAGAUAAAAGAGACAUUGAAUCUUCGAUUCGUCUUUAAUGGUCGAAUCACCAACAAGAUAGUCAGAGAACUUGCUAAGGAUCUAACCCAUCUUAUAAGUGGGGGAGACUUUGUGGCAUCCACGGUCCUUUGGGAUGGGAUCAAUACUUCUAAUUCGACCAAGAAACGAUUCCGUGAUGUUGUCACCCAUGUAAUUGGACAGAACCACGAAAGGAAUCGGAACAAAUCAUCAAUUCAAAAUGUGGAUGGUGCACGAUUCUCACCAAUCACACCUGUAACACCCACAAUACAACAAGAAUUGCCAAUUUCAUCCGAAGAUAAUGUUGAUUAUAUACCCAAUCCACAGCACUUAUUCCCAAGCCCUUCACCAGAGAUUGCGUUAAAUAAAGGAGAGAGAAUUGGAGGAGACGGUGAUUCAGAUUUGUCUAAGAAAAGAAAACGAGAGGAGAGUACGAUUCAAGACUUGGGAGCUGUUGAUGCGAUAUCUAACUCGUCACUUACACCACGUAAGACAAGACAAAGUAAACGUCAGUCUUAUAAUAGGAAGAUCUAG